AUGGCGACGCCGGGCAGCGCGGCGCAGCAGCGGCCCGGCGCGGAGCGGCCGCCGGCCCCGGCCCCGGCCCCGGCCGCGGCGGCGGGGGGCCGCGCCGAGGCGCCGCGGUGCCGCAGCCUGCCGGUGCUCGACGGGGCGGCGCCGCGGGGCCGCGGGGCGGCGCUCGGCUCCCCCCUGACGGCCGGGGCCGGCGGCGGCCGCUGCCCGCCCAGCGCCGCCGCGGAGCCGGCUCCCGCCGCCGCCCGGGCCGCCCUGGCCCUGCGCGGCCCCGGCUUCCCGGCGGCGGGGAGCUGCCGCCCCUCGAGGACGGGCCGCGGGGGUGCCCCGCCGCUGGGGCUGCCCGGCAGAGCGUGCCUCAGGGCCGCGCUGGCCGACUCGCGCUUCUUCUUGGUGUGCAUGUGCUUCCUGACCUUCAUCCAGUCCCUCAUGGUCUCCGGCUACCUGAGCAGCGUCAUCACCACCAUCGAGAGGAGAUACAGCCUGAAGAGCUCGGAGUCGGGGCUGCUGGUCAGCUGUUUCGACAUCGGGAGCCUCGUGGUGGUGGUGUUCAUCAGUUACUUCGGGGGGCGCGGACGGAGGCCGCUCUGGCUGGCCGUCGGUGGGUUUUUCAUUGCGCUGGGGGCUGCGCUUUUCUCGUUACCUCAUUUCAUCUCUCCGCCGUACCAGAUCCAGGAACUGAACUCCUCCGUCAGUAACGAGGGCUUGUGUAUGACUGGCAAUAACACCGUCAAAGAGCCGCUGGAUUCGCCGGCCUGUGUCAAGGACUCUGGCGGAAACGAUCACUCCCUCUAUGUAGCUUUAUUCAUUUGUGCCCAAAUCCUCAUUGGCAUGGGCUCGACACCCAUCUAUACCUUGGGACCAACCUACUUAGAUGACAAUGUCAAGAAAGAAAACGCCUCGCUUUACCUAGCCAUCAUGUAUGUAAUGGGAGCACUCGGUCCAGCAGCUGGGUACUUACUAGGAGGAGUUCUUAUUGGUUUCUAUGUUGAUCCUAGGACAACCAUUUAUAUUGACCAGAGUGAUCCUCGAUUCAUUGGAAACUGGUGGAGCGGAUUUCUCCUUUGUGCCAUUGCAAUGCUCCUUGUGAUAUUUCCAAUGUUUACCUUCCCGAAAAAGCUCCCUCCUCGGCAUAAAAAAAAGAAAAAGAAAAAGAAGAUGAACUCUGAUGAUGUUUCAAGUGAGGAUGAAGUCAUGAAAGAGAAAACAAAUAGCAAAAUACAAGCAGACAGUGCUGUUCCUACCUCUAUGGGAUUUGGAAAGAAUGUUAAAGAGCUUCCAAGAGCAGCUGUCAGGAUCUUAAGCAACAUGACAUUCCUUUUUGUGAGUUUGUCAUACACAGCUGAGAGUGCCAUUGUUACAGCUUUUAUUACCUUCAUUCCCAAGUUCAUCGAGUCACAGUUUGGCAUCCCAGCUUCCAAUGCCAGCAUCUACACUGGUGUGAUUAUUGUCCCCAGUGCUGGUGUCGGUAUUGUCCUAGGCGGCUACAUUAUAAAAAAGCUGAAACUUGGUGCGAGAGAGUCUGCGAAGUUGGCUAUGAUCUGCAGUGGUGUGUCUUUGCUGUGCUUUUCAACUCUCUUCAUUGUUGGAUGUGAAAGCAUUAAUCUAGGGGGGAUAAAUAUACCUUACACAACUGGUCCCACUCUUGCCAUGGCCCACAGGAAUCUGACUGGGAGCUGUAACGUUAACUGUGGAUGCAAGAUUCAUGAGUACGAGCCUGUCUGUGGAUCAGAUGGAAUAACGUAUUUUAAUCCUUGCCUAGCGGGCUGCAUCAAUGGUGGAAACCACAGCACAGGGGUAAGGAAUUAUACGGAAUGUGCCUGUGUCCAAAGUCGCCAAGUUAUUACUCCACCAACAGUGGGCCAACGCAGUCAGCUUAGACUGGUCAUUGUCAAAACCUACCUGAAUGAAAAUGGCUAUGCUGUGUCUGGGAAGUGUGAUCGAACCUGCAAUACCCUCAUCCCAUUCCUAAUAUUUCUUUUCAUAGUUACCCUUAUAACAGCAUGUGCCCAGCCAUCAGCAAUCAUAGUGACACUCAGGUCUGUGGAAGAUGGGGAACGGCCCUUUGCACUAGGAAUGCAGUUUGUGUUAUUACGAACUCUUGCUUACAUUCCCACUCCAAUUUAUUUUGGGGCUGUUAUUGAUACCACAUGCAUGCUUUGGCAACAGGACUGUGGCGUACAAGGAUCUUGUUGGGAAUACGAUGUCACCUCGUUUCGUUUUGUCUACUUUGGAUUGGCAGCUGGUCUCAAGUUUGUAGGAUUCUUCUUUAUUUUUUUGGCCUGGUACUCCAUUAAGUGUAAAGAAGAACAACUGCAGAGACAGAGGUGGAGGGCUUCGCUGGUGAACACUGUGAGUGAGAUGGUAGGCCAAGCUGGACCUCAGCAAAACUAUGCACGGACUAGAUCCUGCCCUACCUUCAGUUGUCGAGGAGAACAGUGUGGAGACAUCAGUAUGGCACAAGGAAUGAAUUGCAUAGCACAGACAUACCCUGGCCCUUUUUCAGAAGCAAUAAAUUCCUCAAAUGAAAAUGCAUUGGAAGAAGUCACUGCUGAGAUAUAGACCCCUGGCUUGGUAAUGUAAUAUUUAGUUUUGUUGGUUGACUUAAAUACGGCGCCUUGUGAAACACCUGUGCCUUCUAUUUUUAAUCUAAAUGUAACACAUGAUUAAACCAACAAAGCUUAAUGCAAACAACCAUAGUACAUUUCUGAGGGCUGGAUACCUCAAAUCAACCCAAGUUGUUAUUUCUCCCUGUAAUAAUUUCAGGUGUGUCCAUUAAAUGUCCAUGCUCUGAUCUAAUAUCAAUGUAAGGGUGAGGUACUAUGAACAGCAAAAGUCAGUGGAAGAAUGAAAAAAAACUCAUAUCAUUGAUGUCUAGACUUCACAAAAAUUCCUAAAUGUAUCAUAACUUCACAUCCACAAAUCAUAUUUUUAAGAGAUGAGAAACUACUGUGAGUUCUGCUACAAAGCACAACUGAACUUUUUUAAACUAUGCAACUUACUUGGAUAAUUGUAUG